AUGAAACAAUCCAAUCUACUAGAUCAUAUACAACUUCCAGAUAUCACAUUAUCUUUGUUCGACGAAUCUAUAAUACUUACAUCCAAGAAAUCAUGCCUACUUUUAUAUCCGGAUAAGUCAUCAUUCUUGAAACAAGUUCUACCCCAAUUGGUAAAGCACAAGUCAACUACGUUGGUGAUUUCAUGUAUGGAUAAUGAUAUAAUUAGAAAGUGUUUUGAUCAUGUAAUCACCACUAAGACAUUUCCAGAAACAAUAAAAAUCCUUGAAGAUUUAUUCAAUUGCGAUACCCUGUCAAAAUACGUUCUGAAGUUCCUAGACGUCGAGAUCCAAUUUAUUGUCGUACACAAUAUAUCUGCAUUCUACUAUGAUUUAGAAGUUCUUGACAAGUAUAAUUAUAAGAAAUUGGGAUUUGUGACUUACAACCCAAACAUACCUCAUGAGUAUUAUUAUAACAGUUUGGGAUAUUUGUUAAAUAAAAUCUGUGCAAAAUAUAAAUGUUCUGGUAUUGUCACGUCUUACGAUUUAGAAUUCAAUUGUGGAGUCGUUGGUACUUAUUCAUACAAACCACAAGAUGACUUGCAGAUAUUUACUAAACUUCCUGUAUCGUUUAUCAAACUAUUUGACAUGGCAAUACAUCUCAACAGGUCCAAAGAGAUUGAUAUCAUCAAACAGACUUGA